AUAGUAGUAAGUCACAUCCCCCACAUUAAAGAAAAAACAAAAGGCAACUUUAUCGUCGAAAGUGAAAACCGGAAAGCUCCCCCUUUCCGAUUGCUCCGCUCGGACUUCCCCCGAUUCUCGCGCCUUCAAUAUUUUAUCUUCCCUUUGGCUCCAAAUGAAUUUGCUGGAUAAGCUGAAGAGGCACACAAAGACGGAACCGGGUGAAGUUAAAGCACCCCAAGUCCAAGUUCCAGUUUACUGGCUCGAGACCUCCGAUACCGUCUCUCGUCGUUAUGAGUUUGAACCCGACGGCUACCUCUCUGUGAAGGUGGUUAAUGAUUCAAGACCAGUAUACCAUAGGGUGGUUGAAUCUUUCCUGAAUAAGUUUUUCCCCUCUGGAUAUCCUUAUAGUGUGAAUGAGGGUUACCUUAGAUACACACAAUUUCGGGCAUUGCAACACAUGACAAGUGCAGCAUUAUCGGUUUUAUCGACUCAGUCACUUUUAUUUGCUGCAGGCUUGCGACCUACCCCUGCUCAGGCAACUGCAGUUAGCUGGAUAUUGAAAGACGGAAUGCAGCAUAUGGGAAAGCUCAUAUGCAGUAAUUUAGGUGCAAGAAUGGACUCAGAACCAAAACGUUGGAGAAUUUUGGCUGAUGUGCUCUAUGAUUUGGGUACUGGUUUGGAAGUUCUUUCACCUUUAUGUCCUCACCUUUUUCUCGAAGUAGCAGGGCUCGGUAAUUUUGCAAAGGGAAUGGCAGUGGUUGCUGCAAGGGCAACUAGAUUACCAAUAUAUUCUUCAUUUGCCAAAGAAGGGAAUCUUAGUGACCUAUUUGCAAAAGGAGAGGCCAUAUCAACACUUUUCAACGUGGUUGGGUUAGGUGUUGGGAUUCACUUGGCAUCUACUGUUUGCUCAUCAAUGCAAGGGAAGUUGAUUGCUGGGCCUCUUCUUUCCAUCAUUCAUGUGUUUAGUGUCGUCGAAGAAAUGCGAGCUGCACCAAUUAAUACAUUGAAUCCUCAGAGGACUGCCAUGAUUGUGGCUGAUUUUCUAAAGACUGGAAAGGUAUCUAGCCCUGCUGAUCUCAGAUACCGGGAAGACCUCCUAUUUCCUGGACGGCUAAUCGAAGAUGCUGGAAAUGUGAAAGUAGGAAGGGCUUUGCACAAGGUUGUCAAGCCUUCAAAGCUUCAGGAAUGGAAAGAAACAUUCCCGGAAGAGAAGUUUGUUUUGAGUCAUGGAAAUAAAUGGACUGACAUGUUGUUAGAACAUAAUGCUACUGCAGAAGAUGCACUAAGAGGUUGGCUAGUUGCUGCGUACGCCACAAGCAUGGAGAAGUCCUUCCAUGAGCCAAGUGCUAGUAUGUUGCAAGAUGCUUACGACAAGAUGAACAGCAUUUUCACUCCAUUCCUGAAUGAGCUACAGGCUAAAGGUUGGCAUACCGAUCGUUUUCUUGACGGAACGGGAAGCCGUUUUGCAUUUUGAUAUCUCUUAGUUCACACCCAUGCUAAGGUAAUAGAUAUUGAUUUGUUGAAACUAAGCUGGAAAAAGGGAUACGAGGACAUCUUUUGCAUUUUCAGAAAGAGGAUUGCAUUUGUUUUAGAGAGGUAGUGAUGUGCUUGUAAUUUGCAUUUAGAUUCUAGUGUACUUGCACCAACUUGGAUUUGAAUUUUAUGAAAUGAAAAAUACAGGGAAAAAUCAUCCCUGUUUGUUGUUUAA